GAAUCAGCAUUACACUUUUUGCAGUUCGAUUUUACACCACCGACUAGUUUCAACCCUCGAACUGAAAAAGGUGUAAAAUGCGAACUGCAAAAAGUGUAAAAGUUACACCUUUACCAGUUCAGGGAUCCGAACUGAAAAAGGUGUAACUUUUGGACUUAGAAAAUUUUUGAAGAUUCUGCGGAAUUGUUUCACCCGCUGUCAAAUCGGGACUUAGUGCAAUUUGGAUUCUGGUGGUCAGAGGAGUUGAAAUGCUCAACUCGAAACAAAAGGAUGCGGUCGUCGCCAUCACGACGCCAAUUUCGGUCACGCUGUCUCCGAUCCUGUUGGUUGGGCCCUUUGGCACCGGAAAGACGUACACGCUGGCGCAGGCCAUCAAAAAGCUGCUGCUGCACCCGGAGUCGAAUUCGGCCGCUGAUUUGUAUAUCAAGGACUACCUGCACCAGUGGGUCGAGGAGGGUGGUGGGGAGGAGGCCAAACCAUUGCGCGUUUACUAUUACAAGCGCUGGGUCGGCACCGUCAACAGCAUCGUCCAGAACUGGGUCCAGAAGUACUGUCUGAUCGACCUGAACAUCAACGUGCGCAUCUUUCGGCGGCCAACCGUCGAAAACAUUCUCAAGUAUCGCAUCGUGGUGGUAUCGCUGAACAUUUCGAUGGAGCUGGCCUGGUCGAUCUGCCCAAGGGACACUUUACACACAUCUUCCUGGACUAAGCGGCCCAGGCCAUGGAGUGCGAGGCGAUCAUGUCGUUGGUGCUGGCGACGCAGAAGAUACGCAUCGUGCUGGCCAGUGACCACAUGUAAAUGUCCCGGAGGCGAAAGAACCCGCCAGCAGAUUCGUCCCCAGAUAGCACAGCACCUGACGGCCAGCGGCCGACCGUUGAUUCCACCGCCGAUGAGGAGUCCGGUCCAGCAGCAGCAGCAACAGUGACAACAACAGCAGCUGUCUGCGCCGCAAAUGCCUUGUCUCCAGCAGCCGAAGCCAGCCCUUCCGAACUACGGCCCAUUCCCAGCCCCAACAUCCACGCCAUCAGCAACACCAGAACCACAUUCACCCGGUGAUGGGCGGCGGCGGUGGCGGAGGCGGUACCAUCAGCCCAAGUUCGUAUCGUUCGGACUGUCUACCGACUUGAUGGCAUCGAUUACGGCCUGUGCCGCUUCGUAAAUACAAAUGCCCCCCUCAGCAGCAACAGCAGCAGCAGAGUUGUAGCGGCGUUGAUGACGGACGGCAGCAGCACGGUGGGCUCUUCGACAAGCCAGGUCAGGCCGCAGCAUGUGCACCAUUCCAACCCGGCCGAGUUCCAGUAUCAGUGGUUCAUCAAGCUCGGAUAUUUUGCGCCAGGUUCGGCGUCGCCACAAGGCUUUCUGGAAGAGAUGGUCAUCGGGCUCGGCAAGGUCUACGAAGUUAUCAAACGUGUUCCCGUUGUACCGGAUGUCCUUGAAUCGAACCAUGCGCUGCAAGCCCCACUUCAGCAAGACUCUGGAGGGGAUGUGUGCGUCGUACCAGCUCUCAAAUUACUUGUUAACAACAUCCGGUACUUAACGCUCCGAGACGGCCCAGGAAUGACGCGAACGGAACGGCAAACUCAAGGACACCGGCGGCGCUGGUCCUUCCCAGGGAAUGCCCGAGGCGCUGCUAGUGGAUCUGGAAGGCAUCUACUGCAAC